CCCAGAUUUCAAAGUAAUAAAUGUCGUACACUCAAUUCCGACGACUGGCCAACUGUUUGUAGGAGCCGAACAGCCAACAAAACUGACCGCCUCCCUCCCAGUCGCGUGAAGUACAAAAGGCAGCCAACAAAAUGGUGCGUAUGAGGCAUGCGGCAGCAGCAGCGGCAGCAGCAGCAGCAGCAGCAGCAACAACAACAUCAUCGAGACGAGGCACGCGUACAAGUUCAAGGCGGCCAUCUUUAAUCACAUGUUUUAUAUCCUGCCAAAUGUUGUUGUUCCUGCUGGACCGGACUGGAUUGUUGGCGGAGGCACGGACUGCAAACAGCAGCAGCAACAUCAUGCUUAGCAGCCACAGCAACAACGCGACGACGACGGCGACAGCAGCAGAAACAACUGGGGGAAAAGGCGGGACCGCAGCAGUAAUGUCGACUACGACGGCGAUACCCAUUUGGGAUCAUGCCAUCGAUUUGAAUGAGGAUUUUCGCAUACUAUGGCAAAUCAUUAAUCAGGAUAUAACAUUUGAAAUACAAGCACGUACAUUAGGUUAUGUCGGCUUCGGAUUCUCGCCCGAUGGCAAUCUGGCUGGUGCGGAUAUGGCUAUCGGCUGGGUGGACAAGGGUCAAACGUAUUUUCAGGAUCGCCAUGUCACAAGAAACGGCGAUGUAGAGCCUGUUGUGGAUCCGUCACAGGAUUACAUGCUCAUGCUGGGCUACGAAAAUGCCACGCACACGGUCCUGCGCUUCCGCCGGAAGUUGGACACAUGCGAUGGCACGCAUGACAUCGCCAUAACGAAUGACACUAUGCGUUUGUUGUACAUGUAUCACGCACAGGACCCACCGCACGGAUCUGUGCGGCCUGGCAUGCUACCGGACCCUGAGCGCGCCUUUCGUCCUUAUCGCCCAAUGGUCCUGAUGCAACGCGCCCAGUUGCAGCUUCCCGCGCACGACGAACGUGUUCGGGUGCUGGAGCUGCGCAACGAGGAUGUUGAGCUACCCGCCGGAGAUGCGCCUCUCUUUUGGUGUAAAAUGUUUAAGCUGGAGGACAUCAAUCGCAAACAUCAUCUUAUACGGUAUGAGCCGAUUUAUGAUUCAUCGUCCAGCAUACACUACUUGCAGCACAUCACGCUGCACGAGUGUCAAGGCGCACACGCCGAGCUAGAGGAGCUGGCACGGGAGCAGGGCCGCCAGUGCAUGGGCGCACGGUCGAUUCCACUGGCAUGCAAUGCCAUUGUUGCUGCCUGGUCGCGCGGCAGUGAGGGCUUCACGUACCCCCACGAAGCUGGGUACCCCAUCGAGUCGCGUCAAGCCAAAUAUUACUUGAUGGAAACGCAUUACAGCAAUUUGAAGCCCGACUUUUCCCAACUGCAUGCCAGACAAAUGGCGGAUAAUUCGGGUCUGAAAAUCUACUUUACACACGUGCUGCGACCAAACGACGCUGGAAUAUUGUCAAUCGGCAUGGACCCGAACUGGCGCCACAUCAUUCCGCCCGGCCAGAAGCGCGUCAUAUCCGAGGGCCAAUGCAUCGAGGACUGCACAGGCUAUGCGUUUCCACCGCAAGGCAUUAACAUUUUCGCGGUUAUGAUGCGCACCCACCAAAUCGGCAAGGAGGUGAAGCUGCGCCAGAUUCGCCAAACCGAGGAGCUUCCGCCCGUUGCACACGAUAGCAACAUAGACGUCGCCUAUCAAGACUUUCGUCGCCUGCCCCAGUCGGUGCAUUCCUUGCCCGGCGACAGACUCAUAGCCGAAUGCAUUUAUGACAGUUCGUCACGAAAGGCAAUUACGCUGGGUGGCCUCACAAUGAAGGAGGAGAGCUGCACGGUGCUGACACUUUACUAUCCGCGCCAGAAGAGGCUGACAACGUGUCACUCUCUACCGAGUCUGCCCACAGUGUUGCAUUCCCUUGGCAUCGAGCAACUGGCAACUGAUUCGAACCCCGUACUGAUAUCAUCACCGCCCGAACUGGCUGGCAUGACACUGGAGGCGCGCCUGAUAUCCUACGAUUGGGAAAAUCAAUUUGGCGAGUUUCAAGAGGCUACGCGCAAAGGCAGCUUCAAGCCGAUCUGCUGGGGAGCCAAAAAUCAUGUGGUGCCGGGCUCCGAGUUUCUCGAGGGCUACAGCAUAAAUGUCACCAAAACCUACAAGAAGCACAAGCGCUGCAAGCCGAAGCGCCUCUACGCCCCCAUCACAGAGCGGACCACCGUCACGGACCUCAGCGAGCUGCCCGUGCUCCACGAGCUGGACAACAACAACAUCAUUGAAGGCGCUGCCCGCAGCAGUAGGAGCUCGGCCACGGAAACGCAUAGCUUGAAUAAAGCUAGCCAGGCCACGGCGCACACAUUGACGCUCUGGUACGGGGCGUGGCUCCUCUUCCAGAUGGUUGGCGGGGGCCGGGCCGUCGCAGCUGGUAGCCGCCAAUGGACGUGAAAAUGAGGUGCGACGUGGCAGGAAGAGGGGAAGUAAACAGUAGCAGCAGCAGA